CCUAGCGGCGCCGUUUCUCCAAAUUUCAUCUCUUCCUUCAUCCCUCUCUUAUUAUCUUGCAGUUGCGGAGAUCUGAUAGAUCUACAACCGAUGGAACAAAGUUCGACUCAUUGGCUAUCAUAUCAAGUAUAUUCUUCGACGAGUGUAAUUUCUUUGAUUAAGUACGAGGAGAUUCUGCGCUUGUGCUUCUUUCAAUGAAGGUUAUACUUCUGUUUCAAGAGAUUGAAGGAGUAGAUGUAUGCAUUUUUGGAAUGUAUGUCCAGGAAUUUGGCUCUGAAUGCGGCGGCAAUCCCAAUCAGCGUUGUGUAUACAUAUCAUAUCUUGAUUCCGUCAAGUAUUUUAGGCCUAAACAAAGGACAAAGAGUGGAGAAGCCCUACGUACCUUCGUUUACCAUGAGAUAUUGGUAUCUUUCAAUGCUCAAAAAGGCUGCCGAAGAAAAUAUUGUCGUUGGUUACCAACGUAUAUCAUCAUUUCUUUCUUCCUACUGAAAAAGGGAACUCCAAGGAUAAUGGCGGCAAAUAGUGAUCCAACUAACAAUGCGGUGUCCCAAAACCGUAAGAUUGGAGAGCUUUCCAAGGAUGUUAAUUCGAAAAUUGGAUACAAUACUGGUAAGCGUUGGUCAGAUGAUAAAAACAAUGCGCUCAAGUCCUUCUUAGAUGCAAAAAGUCGGAAAGACAUCAAUUGGAAAGACAUAAGGGAUGAAGAAAAACUGUUUGGUCGGGAUUUGAAUGCAAUUCAGGACAAGGCCAGGAAAUUUUUUAAAAAGGAAAUACAAGAUCCGAAAAUUAGAUACAAUAUUGGUAAGCCAUGGUCAGAUGAUGAAAACAAUGCGCUCAAACCCUUCUUAUAUGCAAUAAGUUGGAAAGAAAUCAAUUGGGAAGACAUAAGGGAUGAAGAAAAACUGUUUGGUCGGGAUUUGAAUGCGAUUCAGGACAAGGCCAGAAAAAAUUUUAAAAAGGAAAGACAAGAUCCGAAAAUUAGAUACAAUAUUGGUAAACCAUGGUCAGAUGAUGAAAACAAUGCGCUCAAGUCCUUCUUAGAUGCAAAAAGUUGGAAAGACAUCAAUUGGAAAGACAUAAGGGAUGAAGAAAAACUGUUUGGUCGGGAUUUGAAUGCGAUUCAGGACAAGGCCAUGAAAAUUUCCAAUAUCAGACUCAACACCUUUAGGCACAAAAUAAGUUUUCAACCCUUCCUUAAAUUCACAACAUGAUUUAAGAUUGAUUUCAUUAGGUUUCCCUUUUGAGAAUCCAAUCCCUUUACCAUUGUAUUUGUAUAUGCUGUAAAUCAUAGAAUCUAUUUUGCUUUUAUCAAUGCCUGAUAAAAUGAAAUCUUCAAGAGAAAUAUUUUGUUUAUUUAAAGGUUUUCCUUCACACUUUUCUUGAAGCUUCUGACAAAGAAACUUGAGUUUGUCUUCAUAAGUUUUAUAAAUGAAGUCAAAACCUCUAAGCCCUUCCUCAGAUGCUUUUAGAUCCAAUAAAGUCUUUUCUUGUUGUUUCAUUAAAUUAACAUAUUUAUCUUUUAAAUCUUUCAACUCAUUGGUUCUGUGUUCAAAGUGUGUGAGGAGCUUUUUAAGUGAUUCAAUAAGAUCUUUUCUGGGAAUUUUAGAGUAUGCCUCAUUUUCAUCUUCAGAGUCUGGUUCAGGUUUAGCAUUUGAAGCCACCAUAGCUACUAACAAGUGUCAAAUAGAACAGUAAAGGACUUGGGACAGGCCAAGUCUUCCAAAGACAUUCUGGUGAUGCAAAAAGGAUGUAUAUCUUCUCUUUUACUUUGUAGUGUUCUUCUUCAUCCUUUUUUAUAGGCCAAUGUAAGUUAUUUUCAUAAUUUUGAUUAGGUUGGCCAAAAUAUAUUGCCUAUAAGAGAAAACUUCCUCGUAGCUCAUUUGUGAUAUUCAUGCAUGCACUGCCGUGAAGUGAUUGUGUUUGGGAAGCGAUGGUUUUGCACUGAAUGCGAGAAAUUUCAGGAUUGUGAUUUGUGAAAGUUGCCAUAGUUCUGACAAACAAACUUCAAAGAAGGGCGAGGUGCAUACACUUUGUCAGGCUGUUGAUGAUUUCCCCUCCGACACUAAACAUAAUGAUAUCGUCCUUAAGAGUGGAUUGUUUGAAAAUAGGGACAACUUUUUGAUAUUCUGCCAGAAGUCUCAGUUUCAGUUUGACACACUCCGUCGUGCCAAGUAUUCCUCCAUGAUGAACCUAUACCAUCUACUCCUCAGUGCCAGAAGUCUCAGUUUCAGUUUCAAAAUGAACACCAAUUGACUCAAAAGUGUUCAACACUAGUAUGUCAAUCUCGGAAUCAGGAGUCAAAUAAGGAAAUGAUCAAGAAGUUGUUCUCUCAUGCCUGUAAGUGCAAAAUUCGAGUGAAUGGGGGCUGCCCGCAUUGUAAAAAGAUAUGGUUUAUACUAACAACGCACUCCAGGGAUUGCAAAGACUCGGAAUGUAGAAUACCGCGUUGCAGUGAUCUGAAGAAGCAUGUAGUAGAACGGAGAUCAAUGCAUUCUUAAUCUUGUCGUAGAGCUGAAGUUUUGGAAAGCGACAGAGCUGAAGUUUUAGGAAUAGGCUUAUUAUUGAUUCUCUUAAAAUAAGAGAUUCAAUUUUGUGUUGUUUUAAAAGUAUAUUCAAUGGUUGAGAGGCUAAGCUCCAAUUAUUCAAUUCUCAUUUUAAGAGACUUGAAAUUAGAAAAUCAAUUUUGUAUUUUUGUGAAUGUAUACAUCAAUUUAAAUAUUUGAAGUGCCACAUUGAUGGCUUUUCAUUCAUGUUUGGAGAAAAACACAAAGAACAGCUCAAUGGUAAAAAUUAUG